UCGGAACCAUAUUCAUAUUCAUGCUGCAACUACGAGCGUACCCGUCGCAGGCGCACGUUGCCGCGGACGCCGACGGCGUCGUCUUCGUCAACUGCCACAUGCACGCGAUCGAAGCGGUCGCGGACGUCCGGCUCCAGUGUGAAGGAGGGCCCAGCGUUUGGAUCGAGAUGGAGACCAUGCACGACUACGACACGAUCUACGCUUACUCCGAGUACCGCGUGCGCAUCGCCACCAUCUCAACCGGCGACGACGUCGACGUCCUCCUCAAGGUCGAGGUGCUCCCGGCGGCCUCCGAGAAGCUUCUGCAGCUGCUUCUCGACGUCCAUGUCGAAUAUACGAUUCUCCGGACAGGCGGCAGGCGCUCGAUGCGGUCGCUUGUCGUCGUCCAGCGCCCUGAGAUCGUUCCGGAUGACCAAGUGCUCACGUCACCGACGCUGCACGACCGCCACCGCAUCCGCGCCGCCCGCGCGUUGGCCAUGGCUGCCCGCUGGACUGCCGAAGAGCUUCACGACACAGCGCGCGGGGUUCUUGACAGCGCAAGCCUACAGAUACGCAAGUCGCUGCCCCGGCUCACACCUCUCGAUGGCGCACAGUCGCGUCUCCUGCUAGCAGCACUUGACGUCGCGCGCCGACAGGUUCCGCCGCGGCCUUCCGCCAAGCACGAGACCUUUGACGACUUUGUCUCGAUCGCAGGGCCCAUCAAGGCCUAAUGCCACAUGAGGAAGAUGCGUAGCGUACCGUCCGAGCUAAUGGAUAAUAUUUACAUGUCAUGCUGCUUAGCAUGCGCUGCGAUGUUGA